AUGCCUGUGGAGAAUUUAGAAGAAGAAGGGUUGCCCAAAAACCCUAAUUUGGAGCUUGCUCAGCUCAAAUUUCGACUUGGAACAGAAUUUUAUAAAAAUGACGAAGCUUCUCGAUCGAAACUUUUGGAGGCAAUCAAAGCUGACAAUAUGGCUCCAUUUUAUGAAGAAGUAUGCAGAGACCUUUCCUGGAAAGUUGACGAGAAAUUGCAGCAAACAAUGAAAGCAGCUAAUGAAGAAAAGCUAAAGCAACUAGAUGAAGCCAUUGAGGAUGCUGAGAAGAACCUAGGCGAGACCGAAAUAAGAGAUUCCCUCCUGUCAAAGGCUGAAUACUUGUGCAGAAUUGGAGACAAGGCAGCUGCCCUUUCACAGUUCCGGAAAACAUAUGACAAAACAGUAGCUUUGGGCUACCGACUUGACCUUGUGUUUCAGCUGAUCCGUUUGGGUUUGUUCUACAUGGAUCAUGAUCUUAUCAACAAAAAUCUAGAAAAGGCACAGACAUUGAUAGAUGAAGGGGGUGACUGGGAUCGGCGCAACCGGCUGAAGGUGUACAAAGGUGUUUACUGCAUGUCUAUUCGUCAGUUCAAGGAAGCUGCUGCUCUCUUCUUGGACACCAUUGCCACUUUCACUUCCUAUGAACUGAUGACCUAUCCAACAUUUGUUACAUACACUGUACUUUGCAGUGUUAUUGCACUGGAACGUCCUCAGCUGCGAGAAAAGGUGGUGAAAGGUUCUGAAAUUCUGGAGGUACUUCAUGGGCUGCCAAAAAUCCGACGCUACCUGUUUUCCCUGUAUGACUGCCAUUACAGAGAUUUCUUCCAAGCACUUGCUGACGUUGAAGAGAUAAUGAAAAACGAUCGACUGCUUGCGGCACACUGCCGGUAUUAUGUGCGGGAGAUGCGCAUCAUGGCCUAUGCCCAACUGCUGGAGUCCUAUCGCAGUCUCACACUGGAUUACAUGGCUGAUUCAUUUGGUGUCACUGUCGACUUCAUCGAUCAGGAGCUGGCCCGAUUCAUAGCUGCUGGGCGUCUUCAUUGCAAGAUAGACAAAGUUGGCGGCAUUGUGGAAACAAACAGGCCAGACAGCAAGAACUGGCAGUAUCAGUCCACCAUCAAACAUGGAGACAUCUUGCUAAACAGAAUACAAAAACUGAGUCGAGUUAUCAACAUUUAGUUUCUCUUAAUGGUUUUUUAUGUUCAGAAUUAUGUUUGUAUGGUGAGCAGGACUUCUGUGUCAGACUUUUAGACUUUGUGAAUAUGUUGACUGUAAAAGUAUAUGGACACAGUUACAUCACAUAGGUCAAGUAUAAUUUAAUUGUAGCUGUAAACAGCUCAUUUGUGCUUCAUAUGUUGUCAGGAAAAUAUGGACAUUCUUGUGCAAAUAAACUUCAUCGUGCAGUAAAGCAAGUUUUUGAAAA